UUCCAGUCAUUCCCUCUCUCUCGUCUUUCAGCUAACCUGAGUUUUGACUUUUGAUUUCCAGCAUCUGCAGCUUCUGAUCUCAGUCUCGGUGGGCGCAGUCACGCUUCGAUGGAGACGCUGCAGAGAGGGGCGGGGCUGUGCGCCCGUUGCCUGGGGACAGACCAAGCACGUCCCUGGGUGACGUCAGGCCGGUAGGGUCAGAGUUGAAGCUGCACGAGCGGCUGGCGGCUGUUGGCCGCAGCGCUUCAAAACGAUGGCCGCGAUGUGUCGGGGGAAGCGCCUGAGCUGCCGGGCUCUGCUCUCCCUCACCGCCGCCGCUACCUUCCUGGUGCAGCUGCUGCGGCACGGCCAUGCCGCCGGCUUGUACAACAGCCAGGACCCGGUGGUCAUCCUGGAGGCCCAUGGAGUGAAGGCGCUGCUGGUGAACUCGACCACCGCCUGGGCGGUGGAGUUCUACUCCUCCUGGUGCGGCCACUGCGUCAACUUCGCCCCCACCUGGAAAGCGUUGGGCCGCGAUGUCAAAGAUUGGGAAUUGGCUAUCAGGUUAGGUGCGAUGGACUGUGCUGAUGAGAAGAAUUUUGCCACUUGUACAGAAUUUGGUGUUCACUUCUAUCCAACUUUUAGGUACUUCAAAGCACUUGUAGGUCAUUUCACAACUGGAGAAGAUUAUAAAGGAUCAAACAGGGAGGUGCAGACUUUACGACAGAUAAUUAUUGACUUCCUACAAAAUAGUACAAAUACUAAUAAGCCGCCUGCUUGCCCUGUAUUGCAACCAAUCAGCUCCUCUUCAAUCCUAACAAACAUGGGUAAACACCAGAGGCAUUACACUGCUGUUAUCUUUGAAACAGAGUUGUCCUAUGUGGGUCGGGAGGUGAUUCUUGACUUAAUGCAGUAUAAAAAUAUUGUGGUAAACCGAGCAACGGAUAUAGAUAAAAAAUUGAUGGCGAAACUAGAUAUUCAUUCAUUGCCAUCUUGCUACCUAUUCCAUCCCAAUGGCUCUCAUGGAUUGAUUUACAUACAGAAGUCUCUGCGAUCAUUCUUUACCUCCUAUUUAAAGUCUUUGCCAGGUGUAACCAAGAGACUGCCUUUCCGAAAAAAAGAGCCUGUGAAACAGAGAGAAGAGACAAUAGUUGCAUUAAAGCCCUGGAGCGAUAUUGAUCAGGGUAAGGUGUAUUUGGCUGAUCUGGAGUCUGCUUUGCAUUAUCUGCUUCGAGUAGAACUUGCUAGCCACAAGAUAUUGGAGGGGCCCGAACUAACAGCACUAAAGGAUGUAAUUACAGUUCUAUCAAAGCUGUUCCCUGGACCGCAGCCAGUAGUAAAGCUACUGGAAACAUUACAGGAGUGGUUGGUGAGCCUUCCAUUGGAUAAAAUUCCUUACGAAGCAAUUUUGGAUCUGGUGAAUAACAAAAUGAGGAUAUCUGGAAUGUCUCUGAGAAAUACUGUCGAGUGGGUUGGUUGCCAAGGCAGCGAGCCGCAGUACAGAGGUUACCCAUGUUCUCUCUGGACACUGUUUCAUGUUUUGACAGUACAUGCUGAGAAACGUCCUGACCUGCAGAUAAUUGCUGGUUUUGAUAAUGGGCCUCAAGUCGUUCUGCAAGUUAUCAGAAGGUAUAUUCAUCAUUUCUUCGGCUGUAGGGUCUGUGCACAACAUUUUGAAGAAAUGGCUGAAGAAUCUAUGGAUGAUGUGCAAACACUAGAUGGUGCUAUUUUGUGGUUGUGGAAGAAGCAUAACGAAGUAAAUAAUAGGCUGGCAGGUGCUGCAAGUGAGGAUCCAAUGUUCCCUAAAGUGGCUUGGCCAACUCCAGACCAUUGUCCAGAAUGUCAUGAUGAAAUUGAAGGCAUCCAUACCUGGAAAGAGGAGGAGGUUCUGAAAUUUUUGAAGUCUCAUUAUAGUGUGGAUAAUAUUUCAUAUAAGUAUAGUGGACAUGAAUCUGAAACCCACUUGGCAGACAAUGAAGCUCAUAAAAGUAAUGGAAAUAAGGGUAAAGAUGAAGGGCAACCCAAAAUGAUAAAUCACCAAAAGGAGCAAAAAGUCGGCUCUCCAAAUGAAGACCAAAACUCAAGAUACAGUGCCUUGAGGAAGCGAGAACAGAAAGUAUUCAGUCACAAACAAGAAAUCAAACAAGUUGCAUUUUUUGGAAUAGGCUUUUCCAAUGCGGACAUGAGCCUUUGUGUCAUGUUGUAUGCGGCUUCCUGUUUUUUCCUAAUGAUCAUGUACUUCUACUUCCAAAUGAGGUCCAAAAGGUGGAAAAGCAGAUAUAACCGUCCUUGUGUUUAAGACAAUUUUCAAAUAAGUUCCAAAAAGGAAAUGACUCAUCUAUUUUGCAUAGGUAGUCUUUCUGGUGAGAAUAUUCACAGACCUCUUCUUGUCCCAAAUUGCACCUUCACCUUUAACUAUGAAUUUCAGUCUGAAUUAUGAUGCAAAGUUGACAUGUGGCUAUUUUCCAGAAAUUCCACCUCCUUUAGAAAAAUGAAAAAAAAAAUUAAGUUCUUUAUGUGCCUUUAUUAGAGGAAUUUCAUCAUACCCUGCCCAUCAUUCUUAGCUCCCUAUUUUAACUGUUGAAUUUGGUGAGAUUGUAUAGAAUUGGAAAUCAACUGAUAUCUCAUCAGGGCACACUUGUGCACAAUGUCUUGGCAAAUAUUAUAAUACUCAGUGAGAUGAAGGAUGGAUGUUUUGCAUUAUAUCUGUCUCUGAUUUUUAAUUUUCUUUUUCAUUCUACCUCUCUUCCAUUGCCCUAUUACUCCUUUUGAGGUCAACAAGAUUAGAAGAGCUGAGGAGUGAAUUUGGACUUUUAUUGAUAUGUUUACUCUUAGAGCACGAGGUUCUGAUCCUGCUCUGACCACCCUGGUGCUCUUAAUUCUCCCAACAUGGUAUGCGGUAAAAGACUCUCUGUACCCAAUGUACCUUGCCAGGCAAUUCCAAAUGUUCAUUGUUCUCAAGUGGAAGACCUCUUAACCUUCAACACAAUAAUUAAUUUGAAUAACCCCUAACUCUACAUUUUCAGUUCUAAAGUGUUAUUUAACUUUACCAAGUUAAAGUCUUUACAUUAAUUCAGUAAUUGUGGUCAUUUUGGCAUAGGCAAGAUGAACUAAUUUGAAUUUCGUGAUCAGAUCAGUUGUAUGCACCAUGUGGUGUAACUCAAGAUGCUGGAGAAACAGCAGGUUAGGCAGCAUCUAUGGAAGCCCAGAACGUCGACUAUCUAUUCAUUUCCAUAGAUGUUGCUUGACCUGCUGAGUUCCUCCGGCAUUUUGUGUGUGUUGCUUUGGAUUUCCAACAUCAGCAGACUUUCUCGUGUUUAUGUGGCAUAAAUGUUAGUUUUUUGACUAUAUCUUAUUUAGUAUUUAAAUAACUUUAUUGUCCAGAUUUUAAAAGUUUAAAACAAUCAUAUUUCACAAGAGGUUCAGCAAAUGCUGGAAAUCCAGAGUAACAAACAAAAGAUGCUGGAGGAAUGCAGCAGGUGAGGCAGCAUCUACAAAAAAGGAAUAAACAGGGUCUCGAGCCGAAACAUCAACUGUUUAUUCUUCACCAUAAUGCUGCCUGACCUUGAGUUGCUCAAAUAUUUUGUGUGUUACUCAUCACAUUUCACUGUGCUGAAUUGAUCAUAUUCAUUGGACAGGAGUAGUUUUGGUGUGCUUUCUUUGUGAUGACACCAAGCUGGAAUGUUCUUCAAUUUUUUUUUUGUUGUUAAGACUCCUUGUACAAAGAGUCAGUGAAAAAUAUUGUUAUAUUUUUGGAAAAUAUAUUUUUUCAUUGGUAGAAUAAUGAUGCUUGGAAGAAUUUGCCUGAAUGAAUGUCAUUAAAUAUUUUAGCAAAUUACUGUAGAGGAACAUACAUUAGUUAGGGCCUGGAGUUUGUUUCUGUGGGAAAACAUUUGAUGCCUUUCUAAUGGCAGUGUCAUAUAACUUUAAUGUGAAGGUGCUAAAAUAGAGUAGCAAUUUUUUAUUUAUUGUAUACAAGGAAUCAACUUUACAGUGCCAGAUAAGAUUUGCUUAUUGUUAUAGUUUAAUUAUUUUAAGUCUGCCAAAAUUUUACCAGUGACAUAAAAUAUACUCCUAAGGCUCCUCCAUCUUGCUGACCUAGUUUCACUGACCAAGGGUCAGUCAUUCUUGUAAAGUCUCCCUUUUUUAAAACCUCAAUUUGAAAACAGUCCUUGUUUAAUAGUGAAAGAUAGUUUCCUGUGGUACUAAAAAGAUUGAUUACUGUCAAUUCGGAGACCUUUUAAAUACUUUAGCAGAUGGAAUAGCCCAAUCUUGUAAGGUCAGAAAGAUGUUUAAGUAUUAUCCUAGUGCAAUAGUUAAAUUGUGUAUUUGGGGUUGAUGUACAUUCCAUGAUGUCCUUGCAGUAUAUAUAUAAGAGAAUCUCAGAAUUCAUCUUGUACCACAAACAAGCCUGAAGUUUUAGGUAUUUUGCCUAAGAGAUGUUGCUCCCUUUAAGUGUUUUUCUAGAAUUUUGCAACAAACUAUCUGAAAGCAUAUGUUGAGACCAAUUUCCUGUAUGUCUGCAAACACAAAACAGAAGUGUUUUCAUUGAACUGUAACUCUGCUUUCCAACUUCGAUGAAGAGUCCAAUCGUCUUGUAUUUGCGUUCACUGCAUUCCCUUCCUCAGCCACACCAAUAGCAUCUUCUUCAAAGCAUAACUAUAUUUAAAUCAGCUGAAAGGUCCAACUGAUCUACCUAUAGUAGGACUGCCUAGAUUAUUAAUUGAUGAAGUAUCAUUCCAUAUCCAGCCUGAAAUCUCAAGGUUCUGUUGAAUGACAGAAGAAAAAUCAAUAUUUCUCUGAUUCUGCUCUUAAAUAGAUUGAGUGCCGUUUGCUCAUUCAGAAAGCUGCCAUCUCUUGGCAAAUAUUUCUUAAAGAUAAUUGAUGUCUGGUUUAAUUUAUUUAUUUUAUUCAUAGCUUCCAUGGUUUUCAGUUUACUAAAUUGUUCUUGAUAUACAAAUGUCAGUUAAUACUUUAUAUUUUCAUUCGGAGGAAAUGUACACAAUAUUUUGUACUGAAAAAAAGCUUCAUGGAAGACUAAUACAAGUUCAAAUAAAUUAUGCUGCAAUGUUGAACAUCCAGUUCAGUGUUUUUUUUAAUUAAAAAUCAUAAAGAACUUGAGAAAUUCCUAAUUUUGUUUUCCAACUCGCAUUUCAGGUGCAUUGAUCAAUUUCAUGCAUCUGCCCUAUAUAAUGAUCAAUGAUUCUGGUUCUUAAGAAGGCAAAAUAUAAAGGCCAUUACAUUCCUUGAUCUAUGUAUGAACCUAUUUGUUACACCUCCAUGUGACCGAAGUCUAAAUAUUUUGCAUGAGUGCUUUAACAGCUGAGUAGAACUAUACUUGCCAGCCACGUGCAUAUUGGACAAAUCCUGCUAGCAAAAGACCAUCAAAGCAACUUGUUAACAUUAAAAAAUAACGGAAGUUAAAUUGUAACUGAUGUGAAGCUCAUGUGGUCAGAGGCACAGCUCUGCACAGUUUAAUUAAAUUCAGUGUUAAUUGAAUUACACUAGGAAGCUAGGUAUUAAUACAAUGCUGUUUGUGACUUCAGAGCAUCCUACUUUAUGUUUAAUGAAAUACAUUAAACCAUUAUGUAUUAAAGGCCUGUAUUGUGCUGUAGAUUUUCUAUGUUCUAUGUUAACAUUUGAAUUAUUUCUUGAUAUUUUUCCAAAGUGUAAAGCUUUCACCACAUUGUCAGUCUUGCCAAGAGAGGUUUUGGGUAUUGUUGGUAUUGGAAAUUUACAUUGGUGCUAUAAUGAAGAU